AGCGGGCUUCCGUAGGUUUGGAUCCGUGCCAAUGGUUCGUGUUGCCAUAACAACAGAAGACACCGACACGACACCAAAAUUCACCUGAGCCUUCCUCUGACCUCAGAAACCAGCCUGAAGCCUGAGGAUCAGUAGCUGUGACCUAUCAUUGUUCAGCAAACUCCUUGCCUUCAUCACCUUUCACUGUCAGCUUUACAAAAGAGCAUGUCAUCACCGAGGCUGGGCGUGGUCAGAAAGUCCAUGCUGACCAACCCGCUGCUAAUCAAGCCCCCCCUAGGCAGAGCCUGUUCCAGGGGUCUGUUUUUUCCUGAACCAGACGUCCCAUGUGGAAUCAGGUCUCACUGUAAUGGAAGCGUGGCUGAAGUUCUGUCCCACUGGGAGGUGCAACCCCGCCCCAAGGAGCUCCUUCAAAGUACAAACUUUAUGUCUCUAAACCGGGAUGCUGUGAGAGCCGGUGUGGUGACGUCCAAAGAGAUGAGUCAGUACCGGGCCCAGAGGGCCAAAGCCCCCAUCCAGAGCUGGAGCUCUUCGAAAGACAACCCCAACGCUUCAGGACGCUCAGUGCCUGACAUUAUGUUUGGAGUAACACACAAGCCAUCCGACAAAAUGGCAGACCUCCUCUCCCACACCUAUGGCCACCUCUGGCUGGAGAAGGAGCUAAGCAGACCCAGAGAACCUGGAAAAAGGGUCAAACCUCUUGUUCCAGCAGAAACCAGAACCGUCUUGUUGAGGAAGAGCAGAUCGCUGCCGAUCAUAAAACAGCCUGUCAAACUGCCUGAGUUUGCACAGGUGGCGCCAGCUCUUAACACCUUCAGGGAUCCAAAGGACCGUGAGCAAGCCCUCAGAGCUCAUUAGUUCAGUUUUGUGCCCAGGAAGAAUUCUCCAAACUGAUUUGAAGGAUAUACUGACUCCCUAUUUUAAUAAAUGAUGAACUGUC